AUGAUUGCUUCCUAUAAUACACGAAAAAUCCCAGACGCUUUAAAUUCGACAUUGUCCAUCAAAGACUCAGAGCAUGCUUUCUAUAAUACAUGCAGAAUCACAGAGGCUUUAAAUUCAAUUACGCCCAUCAAAGACUCAGAGCAUUUCAUGGUGUCUGCGUUCAUCGACCACAGACUGGAUGGGGUCAUUCGAGUCAUCAGCAUAAUCAGCAGAAACCAUCUUCAGCCACUUUACUGUGUUUACUGCAGCACUGAACAAGUCUGCAAAACUGUUCACACAGAUGUCCAGAUACACCGCGACCAUUUUGGCUUCCCGUUUCACGUCUCAGAUGUGAUUUGUAAAGGCAGGCACAUGCAAAAUGCAACACAUGUCCUUAUAUCAACUAAAGAUUCAGACAACAAUGUUACGGAGUAUCUGCCAAUUAAAAAUCGUGUUGGAAUGAAUACUUUUAAGUAUAACUUCACAGUUUGCAUUUCCACCCUUUUUGGCAACUACAACAAUGUACUGCAGUUUGCUCAAUCAAUGGAGAUGUACAAGCUUCUGGGUGUACAGCAUGUGGUCAUCUAUAAAACUAGUUGUGGACCAGACUUGGAAAAACUCUUAAAACAUUAUGAAACCGAGGGGAUGCUGGAGAUCGUUCCAUGGCCUAUCGACCAGUUUCUGAACCCGUCAUCAGGCUGGAAAUUCAAGAAACACAAAGGUGACAUCCAUUAUUAUGGUCAGCUGGCAACACUCAACGAGUGCAUUUACAGGCACAUGUACCAAUCCAAAUAUGUUCUCCUGAAUGACAUUGAUGAAAUCAUCAUGCCUUACAAACACGCCAAUUUACCAUCUCUUAUGAAGUACCUUCAGUCUGCUCAUCCCAGAGUAAGUGUAUUCCUUUUUGAGAGCCACGUAUUCCCCACAACACAGUUUGAGGAGAGUGGGAAGUUCAAACGAGCAGAAUGGAAUAAUAUUCCUGGUGUGAAUAUCAUGGAGCACAUUUACAGAGAACCUGAUCGAAAGAACAUUGAUAAUCCCAAAAAGAUGAUUGUCAACCCAAGGAAGGUGCAGAAAACUUCAGUACAUUCCUCAUUGCAAAAAUAUGGAUAUAUUCAUCAUGUAGCAUUUCAUGUGUCUAGGAUGGUACAUGUGAGAAAUCCAAUGCAGGUGAAUCUUACUAAAGAGCAACUGUUUGUGGACAAAAGAAUGUGGGACUUUAAGCAAAAACUGAUACCGAAUGUUGACCGGACUUUGAAGCGUUCAGGUUUGUUAAGGCCUCACUGA